GGUUGUCAUUCUUAAUAAAGUGGAAUAUAUUAAAAUCCCACGUUUGUUGUUUUUUGGUGAUGUCACCUUUGGAUUUUUUACCUUAUGCAAAAUAAUGUUCCGAUUGCGAUUUUUUGACAAGUUACUUAUCUUGAGUUUUCUUUUUAACUUAAUUACGGCUUUUGGAAAGCCGCAAAUUUUCCAGUACUACCGUAGCACCAAGUACACAGAUUCGCGACGUGUUGGAAAAAAAAUAUUCGAAAAAAUACCAAAUGGCAUUAAUAUUUUUGAGAUGAAACCACGUCCACCAAAGCGUGAAACAAAUCUGCCCAGCGCCUAUUAUUAUAAUGUACCUAAAGGCGCCGAUACGGCGGUCCCAGUCACGACCAGUAAACCACUGACUACAUUACAAUCAAUUCCUUUUGUUGAUUCUGACACUUACCGCUUAUUCGGUAAUAUAAAAAAUGAGAUCGGUGUUUCAGUGGCGCGGCCGCAGGGUUCAUUUUGUCGUCGUAGCUUUGAUGGCAGAGCUGGAUACUGCGUUUUGGCUUAUCAGUGCUUACAUGCCGUUAACAAUUAUCGUGUGCAUCGCUCCAAAUUAGACGUAUGUUCAUAUCGGCAAAGUAUACCAGUAAUCUGUUGUCCGUUGUUUGUCAAGCAUGUCGAAGCCAAAAGCCUCAGCGCAAGAAAAUGCGAGCAGUAUAAUGACAUUAUCGAAGGUGUCAAAUUCGAUUUGCCGCGCAAGUUUUCUGGGAAAACCUGUGUACCAAGUUUGCCGUUGAUUGUAGGCGGCGAGGUCACCAAUGACGGUGAAUAUCCCCACAUGGCCGCAUUGGGUUGGUCUCAAAUAGGCGAGGAUAUAAGAUGGGGUUGUGGCGGCACACUAAUAAGCGAGUUGUAUGUGCUCACUGCCGCACAUUGUGCAACAUCAAGCGUGAAGCCUCCUGAUGUGGUACGCCUAGGUGCAUCUAAUCUCAAUGAAAUCUCAACCGAAUUACAAGAUAUUGGCGUGGCUGUCAUUAUAUUGCAUCCGAAAUAUAAAUCAUUCUCCCACUAUCAUGAUAUAGCGCUGAUAAAAUUAGAGAGUAGUGUGAAAAUAUCCUCGAAAGUGCAUCCAGGUUGUCUUUGGCAAUUACCGAAUAUAGAUAUACCAACUAUGGUUGCUACUGGUUGGGGACGCACCGCAUUUCGUGGCUCUCGUUCCGAUAAGCUACAAAAGGUGGAGUUGAGCAUGAUUGACCAAAAUGUGUGUAAAAGAAUAUAUAACAAAGAACGUCGUUUGCUAAACGGUAUUACUAAUGAGCAAUUUUGUGUCGGUGAUAUGGCUGGAGGGAAGGAUACGUGUCAAGGGGAUUCCGGCGGACCAUUGCACGCGGAAUUACCGGAAUUGAAAUGUGUGAAGUUUAUUGUUGGCGUUACGUCGUUUGGUAAGUUUUGCGCCAAACCAAACGCACCGGGUGUUUACACAAAAGUUUACCCAUACCUGAAAUGGAUCGAAAGCAUUGCAUUCAAGGAAAACUAAAUCCUGAUAAAAACUGGUGAAAGCUGGCAUAGAUGAACUACAAUUAUUGCUUUAAUUAUUAAUAACUCUUUAUUUGCAUUACGAUUGUAUGAUUCCCCGUAUCUUUUACAUUUAUGUACCUUAUGUCUGUUUGCAAUAGAAUUUGUUAAACUUAUUAUAAACUUAUUUUUGAUGUACUUAGUACCUUUAUUUUAA